UUGCUUGCCAUUUUCUCUCUGUUAAUAGUUCUCGUGGGCAUUGCAAAACGAGUUAUAUGAGAGAAACUCUUCCCGUUCCUGUCUUAAGCGGUGAAUCAAUUGUCGGUUCAAAACACUGUUUCUGAGGAAUUGGAAGGAAAUCCGUCAGAGAAUCGCUCCAACCUUCGGUACACAAUUUCAAUUUCUGCGUCAAUCUGGAGGAAUUGGAAGUUUGAUCAUUAACGUCGUAGCUACGAUUGUCCAGGGCACGGGCUCGUGCUCCUCACAACACCUUUCUUUCCUUCCCAUUUAAUGGAGGGCAGCUAAAGACUGUAGAAUGUAUUGAUCGACACCACUUGCGCGGUUUGUUUACGUUCCAAGCUUUUCAACAAUCUGUAAGCUAUGUUAAUUCGAAUCACACAAUACUGCAGGAGUCUCAAAUCACAAAACUGGACAGCGCUCGUGAAGGCACAUUGAAGUAAACUUCAGCUCUGAAAAGUUCAACAAGAGGAAGCAUGUAGCACAAUCGAAUGGUGGACUUAUUCUGAAUCGGCCCGCGCUGAAGGUUUUUGAAAUGGGUCCGAAUCUUGGAGGAGAAUUACCAUUUCGAAUUGGAUGGACAGGGUAUUCUGGGCAUCUCUGGGUUGAGCCCAGAAGUUCCACCUCUCAAAACAGUCCUUUGGAUGACCUUCCCGAUCUUAUAUUGCCCCCUCCUUUCCCUGCGGAAACUCCAGAGCAGAUCCGGAAGAAAAUAGAGGACGAGUAUCUGUCCAUCUCUCUUGAUGAUGAGCUUGACAGUGUAGCAAAAACUGGGAAAAGCUGGGAUUUUGAUUGGUAUGGAGAAGGUCUACGACGGUUAGAGCCGUCACAACCACAAGUUGCUGUGGUUCCUGUCUACGAACCACCAUUCAGGCGCCUCAAUAGAAAAGGCUUAAAGAUUGGGAUUGAUUCAACUCAAAUUCCAAAUGAAACCUCGUCGCAAACGAAUCUUAAUGAUCCUUGGAUUCCAGGGUAUGAACAGGUCGAAGUUGUCCAGUCGUCUGAAGGAGCUCAUAAUUCUUCAUCAGUACUUCGGAGGCCUGGUCCUCCUGACCACUUUGUUAGAGGAAGCUCUGGUAACCAACCCUUCCUGCCCGGAGGAUUUGACUUUUCUCAAACAUCAGAAAGAUACGUUUCCACAGGAGCUGUGAACGGUGAAUGGCUGUCGGAAAUUUUACAUGGAGGUCCCCUACAGACGAUUCCUCCAGGCUUCAAACGUGGUUUGGAUCUUGGUGCUCCUGAACCAUUCUUGUUCAAACCCCAGGAAGAGAGCUAUGUGGACAUGUCGUCAACUAGGGAAGCAGGAUCGGCCCCCUUUGAUGACCUGUUUAGAAAGGCCUGGGAAGAAAGUGAUAUUCCGGAAGAUACGGAGGAAGAGAAAGAACUUUCGGAUGAAACUGCCGAGGAUGAAGAGAAAGAUACUUCAACUCAACUUUCAGAGAGUCGAGAGCAGGACCCCGAGCUUGACAUAAUCUUCUCUGACAUUAAAGAUGAAAUACUAUCUAGCCUACAGACAGACCAGAAGAAGGAUGCGAAGAAAGGGGAGGUAUGGGCUGUAAUGGAAGCAAUCCCAGGAGUUACUGAGAGAUUCAGUGAACUAGUGCCAGAUAUGGCUAUGACUUUUCCAUUUGAACUGGACGCUUUUCAAAAAGAGGCUAUAUAUCAUCUCGAAAGAAACGAGUCGGUGUUUGUGGCUGCUCAUACAUCAGCAGGGAAGACUGUUGUUGCAGAAUAUGCAUUCGCUUUAGCUACUAAACAUUGUACAAGGGCGGUGUAUACGUCACCUAUCAAGACUAUCAGCAAUCAGAAGUUCAGAGACUUCAGCGACAAAUUUGAUGUUGGUCUUCUGACUGGUGAUGUAAGUUUACGACCAGAGGCUUCCUGCCUUAUCAUGACUACCGAAAUUCUGCGGUCCAUGCUCUACAAAGGUGCCGAUAUUGUGCGAGAUAUCGAAUGGGUUAUUUUCGAUGAAGUUCACUAUGUUAAUGACGUUGAGAGAGGAGUUGUUUGGGAGGAGGUCAUUAUCAUGCUACCAGAGCAUGUGAAUAUGGUCCUCUUGUCUGCCACAGUGCCAAACACAUUUGAGUUUGCAGAUUGGAUAGGCCGGACCAAAAAGAAGAAGAUAUAUGUGACAGGAACCACCCGGAGGCCUGUUCCCCUAGAACAUUGUUUAUAUUACUCGGGAGAACUUUACAAAAUCUGCAGUAUGGAGAAUUUUCUUCCUUUGGGAAUUAAGGAGGCUCGUGAUGCCCACCACGUAAAGACUGCUCCAAAGGUUGCCAGUGGCGGUGCUGCUCAGGGCCGAGGUGCCGGAAACGCUCAUGGUAGAGGUGGAGGACCUGGUAGGGGUAAUACAUCUCACGGUGGAAAGUCUUUUGGAGGUAAGGGAGGAAAUCAAGGAGCUGGUGGGCGUGGUAGCAGUGGAGCAUGGCGAUCGGAGACAUCACAAUGGUACUCCUUCGUCAACUAUCUGUUGAAGAAAGGUUUACUUCCAGUGGUUGUCUUUUGCUUCUCCAAGGUGCGUUGUGACCAGUCAUCUGAUAGCUUGACAGCAACAGAUUUAACGACUAGCUCCGAGAAGAGUCAGAUCAAAGUCUUCUGUGACACAGCAUUUUCUCGACUUAAAGGAUCUGACCGGCGUCUCCCCCAGGUUGUAAGAGUAGAAGAUUUGCUUCGCAGAGGAAUUGGGGUCCACCAUGCUGGCCUUCUUCCGAUUGUUAAAGAGGUGGUGGAAAUGCUAUUCUGCCGCGGUGUCAUCAAGGUUUUGUUCUCUACAGAAACUUUUGCCAUGGGAGUAAAUGCUCCUGCUCGAACGGUUGCUUUUCACAGUUUCCGGAAGCACGACGGGAAGUCGUUCAGGCAGAUACUCCCCGGCGAGUACACCCAAAUGGCUGGCAGAGCUGGACGGCGGGGUUUGGAUAAGGUCGGGACCGUGGUUGUUAUGUGUUGGGAUGAUAUUCCUGAAGAGGGAGAUUUAAGGCGCCUUCUAACUGGAAAGCCUACUAAGUUGGAAUCGCAAUUUCGACUCACUUACAGCAUGAUCCUGAAUCUUCUUCGUGUUGAAGAAUUGAAGGUUGAAGACAUGUUGAAGCGGAGUUUUGCCGAGUUUCACGCUCAGCGUGCACUUCCAGAACAGCAGCAGCAGCUUCUUGAACGAGAGGGUGCCCUGUCGAAGAUGAAUGCUACUAUCGACUGUAUACUUGGUGAGCCGACUGUUGAAGAAUACUAUGCGCUGGCUAUCGAAGCAGAAAAAUUAGGGGAGAUUGUGCAGGAGACAGUUAUGCAGUCACGCGCAGCUCAACAGGCUCUUUCCCAAGGCAGGGUCGUAAUUGUUAAAACCCCUCAAGUGCCUGUACCUUCCUUGGGAGUCGUUGUAAGAGCCCCUUCGGGCACUAACAAGGCAACUGUUGUCCUUGCCCUCCAUCGUGGUCCAGUUCCCAUCACACCUUUGAUUGCUACCAGCAACGCAACGGGUUCCGUACUCUCAACGAAGAAGCUUGCCGAAGAAGGUUAUUUCAUCAGUCGGAAGGAAAACAGGAGCCUUGAUGACGAGUACUCUGUGUCGUAUGGAUCAUCCCGGAAGGGGUCAGGCACUGUAAAGGUCACUUUUCCUCAUUAUGGAACGGCAGCUGGAAUUGGAUAUGUAGCUUUGGAAGUGGAGAAUAAGAAUUUCGUAAGUAUAUGUAAAGCGAAAAUCAAGAUUGAUCCUGCGCGUUUGCUGGAGGAUGUAAACGUCACAGCGUACUCUUCUGCAAUCCGGCAACUCUUACUACUCGAGCAAGAGCAUACAGAUGAAGAUCCCCCUGCACUAGACCCUCUAAAAGAUCUGAAGCUGAAUGACCUAGAUAUAGUCGAAAAGUAUCGUAAGAGAUCCGCGCUUCUGAACAGGAUGGCUCAGAACAAGUGUCAUCGAUGUCCGAAGUUGCAAGAGCAUUAUGUUGUCGUAAAAAAUCAGCACCUUCUCCAGGAAAGAGUAAAGCAGCUGAAAUUUGAGCUCUCUGAUGCCGCUCUACAGCAGAUGCCCGACUUCCAACAGCGUAUCGAAGUCUUGCAGGAGGUGGGAUGCAUUGAUGCUGAUCUGGUAGUUCAACUGAAAGGACGAGUGGCCUGCGAAAUUAACAGUGGAGAUGAACUCAUUGCCACUGAAUGCUUAUUUGACAAUCAGCUUGAUGAUCUCGACCCUGCAGAAACAGUUGCUUUGUUAUCCGCUCUUGUCUUUCAACAAGAGCGGACAGCCAGUGAACCCCUCCUGUCCCCGCAACUGGCAGCAGCCAAGGAAAGGUUGUAUAUGACUGCUGUAAGGCUAGGAGAGAUUCAAGCCCACCAUGGUCUUCCAAUAAAUGCCGUUGACUUUGCGCGCGGGACCCUCAGAUUUGGACUAGUGGAGGUCGUUUACGAGUGGGCGAAGGGCACACCUUUCGCCGACAUAUGUGAACUCACUGAUGUCCCAGAAGGAUCUAUUGUGCGAACGAUUGUGAGGCUUGAUGAAACAUGUAGGGAGUUCAAGAACGCAGCUCGCAUCAUAGGAGAUUCCUCGUUGUUCAAAAAGAUGGAAGAAGCAUCUCAAGCCAUUAAAAGGGAUAUUGUUUUUGCGGCCAGCCUUUAUGUUACAGGCCUUUCUGCCACCACAACGAGCUCUUCGUGACUUCUGCAACACAAGGAAAUGCUCCUCAAUUCUGUAUUUUGUAAGAUAAGUGUCAGAUGUUGCUCAUACCGAUAUGUUGCUCAUUUGUCAACAUCUGGACAUUCGGAGUUAGUUGAGAGCUUAGAGCAAUUUAUAUCUGGUCAUUGCAGGCUGUUUGUGACUUCAGCAGAAAAUGUAGAUUUUGGCCAAGAAUUAAAGUCAGACAUAACCUGUAUUUUGGGUGAAUUGCAUAACUUUAAAGAUUUCAAUGCUUCGAUCGGGCAGUGUACACAUAUUUUCCCCAUGUGGGAUCUCAACGAGUUUAGCAGUUCUCUAGG